UGACGUGAUGGUUUGAGGAGAAAAGGGUUUUAGAAAUUGAUUGAGGUGAAAAUGCAUUGCAAUGAUCCUCCGUUUCUCCGAUAUUGAGCGGAAUUAAGACGUUAACGAGGGUUUCUAGUGCGCCAUGAGCUACUCUUGUUGACCACUGACAAACAACCCACCUGAACAGAGCGAGCAGUCGUCCCGAGAAAUUGAGGUGUGUUCUCGGCAAUUUUGGCAGGUGACGGCAUUUCUGCUGAAGCCCAUCGCAGACCAUGGGUUCUUCUAGCGUCAAGCGAAAGACGAAAAGUAGUAGGGCGAAUAAGACUAACGAGGAACCACAGGCUCAAACUAAGGAGCAGAUCAAGGCUGAGCUGAAACGAAGAGGUCUCAAAACAUCCGGCAAUAAGACAGAAUUGCAACAGCGGUUGGAAAACAGCUUUUCCAGCUCAAUGUCGGGAGUGUCUCGUCGAACGAAAUCCGACCCUCAGGUCAACGGGUCCACCAAAAAUAAGGUGGCGAUGCACCGAGAGGAGCUCAAGAAAGAGCGUGCCAAACUUGUAUUAUGGCGCCGCCCUUUUCUCACUUUGUAUUAUGCCACUUUGGAAAUGACUCAUUUUUUAAGAUCUUCUUUAAAAAACUCAUUUUUAUCCUGCUUUAGAAUGAUGCAGCAUAGAGUAUUGAUGACAAUGGUCCUUCUAUUAACAGCGGCCAUAGCCUUUUUAUUCAAUGUGCAGGGGCCACAUCAAAAGGUCAUCGAGCCCUUCCUCAAACAAAUGUGGUGGUGCACGUACUGGGUAGGCCUGGGGGUUCUUUCCUCUGUUGGCCUCGGCACUGGACUGCAUACUUUUCUUCUCUACCUUGGCCCACACAUAGCCUCAGUGACACUGGCAGCAUACGAAUGCCACAGUCUUGACUUUCCUGCGCCGCCCUAUCCCGACGAGAUCGUCUGUCCUGACCAUCCCAGUGCAAGUUGGGAGGCCACAACAUCGGUCUGGUCAGCUGUGCUGGCCAUCAUGGCCAAAGUAAGACUGGAGGCCUUCAUGUGGGGCGCUGGUACUGCCUUGGGUGAGCUUCCUCCUUAUUUUAUGGCAAGAGCAGCCAGACUCUCAGGAGGAACGGACGAGGAUGAGGACGACGACGAUGAACUCCGAGACUUUGAAGAGCUUCAGAGAAAGCAGCAAAACCACGAAGAAAUGACUAUUGUCGAGAGAACUAAACUAGGAGUUGAGAAACUUGUGGAAAAAGUUGGAUUUUUUGGCAUUCUCGCAUGUGCCUCGAUCCCAAACCCUCUCUUUGACCUGGCUGGCAUAACCUGCGGUCACUUCCUGGUCCCUUUUUGGACAUUCUUUGGUGCAACCCUGAUUGGAAAAGCGGUCAUCAAAAUGCACAUACAAAAAUUAUUCGUCAUAAUUGCUUUCAAUGAGCCUCUUGUUGAGGCAGCUGUGACAAUGCUCGCCCGCGUCCCUUACAUAGGGCCCAAGGUUCAGGAGCCUUUCAAGGAGUUUCUUGCCAGACAAAAAAGCAAACUGCACAGAAAGGUUGGAGCAAAGACGUCCAGCGACGGCCAAUCUGGAAGCUUGCUGGCGUCCUUGUUUGAAAAGCUUGUCAUUUUGAUGGUGUUUUACUUUGUCAUCUCAAUUGUUAACUCACUGGCUCAGGCAUACCACAAGAGGAUACAUAAACAAGAAAACGCAAACAAGGUGGCCACAGACUAGUCAAGUGAGCUGUGCUUUAGUCAUUCCCCUUGUGAAGCUAAGUGAAUUUAAUAUACAUUCCCUGUGCCCUGAAUAAAACUUGUGUUGUUGGAAAUAA